AUGACGGCGGCGGCCUCUCUAGGCCGUCAUGUCUAUGGUCGCAGCCAUGGCAACCACCGCCGGCACCGCCCGGCAGGCUGCGCCAGCCCCGCCGAGCCGAGCCCCUGCGGUCGGGGCCGGAGCGGCAGGGAAGGAGCCCGGCCGGCUGUGGGCGCGGAUGAGCGCGCCCGGGAGACGCUGCUCGGUGCCAUGGCAGAGGGUCUGCCCGAAGCCACAGUGAGGAGGAAGAAAAGCAUAACUAUCGAGGAGAAAAUCGACAUCAUAAGCGCUGUGGAGAGCGGCAAGAAAAAGGCGGAGAUUGCAGCCAAGUAUGGCAUCAAGAGGAACUCACUGUCUUCGAUUAUGAAGAAUAAGGAAAAAGUUUUGGAAGCCUUUGAAACUUUGCGGUUUGAUCCUAAAAGGAAAAGACUGAGAACUGCUUUUUAUGCCGACCUGGAGGAAGCGUUGAUGAAGUGGUACAGAAUUGCGCAGUGCCUGAAUGUGCCGGUCAAUGGCCCCAUGUUGCGCCUCAAGGCGAAUGAUUUUGCCCAGAAGCUUGGACACAGUGAUUUUAAAUGCAGCAAUGGCUGGCUCGAUCGAUUCAAGUCGAGGUACGGUUUAGUUUUCAGAGCUCAGCCUGUAGAAGCAGCUGCUACUCCUGCAGUGGGUGCUCCAACUCUUUGGUACCAAAAUGUGCUUCCUUGUUAUUUAAAUGAUUAUCAGCCAAAAAAUGUGUUUUACAUACAGGAGACCGGGUUGUUGUAUCAGAUGUUACCACAUAACACGUUUACGUUUAAAGGGGAAACUUUUUCUGAAGGCAAAGAAAGCAAAGAGAGCAUCACUGUAGUGGUGGGUACAAAUAUGGAUGGCUCUGAGAAACUCCCACUGCUCAUCAUAGGAAAAAGCAAAAGUCCACACUCUUUCAAAGAUGUGAAAUCGCUGCCAGUGGAUUAUGAAGCAAAUGAUAGGGCGUGCAUGACUUCAGGAAUCUUUGAACAGUGGAUGCACAAACUCGAUCAAGGAUUUCAAGCACAGCAGCGUCGAGUGGUUAUUCUUGUUAAUUCUCUCCCAGCUCACACAGAAGUAAAGAACCUGAAGUCUGUCAAAUCAGUGUUCCUUCCUCCAGACUCUUCUUCAUGUAUAGCUAUGAAAGAAAGGAUUAUCAGAAGUCUGAAGGUAAAAUACAGGCACUGUCUUAUCAAGAGAUUUGUUGACUGUGUAGAAAGUAAUAAAGAGUUUAUGCUGACCCUUCUUGAUGCAAUUGAGAUGCUGUACCUGUGCUGGAGGGAAGUAACACCAGAGACUAUUGCAAAAAGUUGCAAUGGAGCAACUUCCAAAUUAGAAACUGAGACAAAUGAAAAUGACAAUGAAGUCAAAAGUGAUUUGGAUUUGAUUGCACAUGCACGGGCAGCUGGAGUAGAGUUUCCAGAAGGUUUGUCUCUGGAAGAAUAUGCAGCUAUAGAUGAUGGCUUGGUCACUUAUGAAGUGCCCACAAAUAAUGAAAGAAUGUGUGCCAAAGAAAGUGCAUCAGAUAAAGCUGAGACAUUUGUUGGUGAUGAAGAUAAGGAUGAAGGUGAUCAACUUCAGGGAGCUGAACAGCUUUUACCAUCCAAAAAUGAGGCUUUGAGUGCUUUAGAUACCCUUCGAAAGUUUCUCACAAGUCAGGACACAGAUGAUUCUCUUUAUGAUUCCCUAGCUGACUUGGAGAAUUUUAUUCAACAUGUAGCAUGUGAAUAG